GUGGGGCAGGAAAGGGUCACCCUCGGAGAGAAACAGGGAGUGGGCGGGACCUGGGCCGGGCCUCUCCUGUUCCUGACGUCCUGCCAGGCCUUGAGUCAUUUCUAAGCCGGGCUAGAGAAUCCCCUGCCUGGCCUGACGCCUCUGUCAGCAUCACAGCAGGAGGAGGAGAGGCCCCUUCCACACCGCUGAAUAAAGUCCUACAAUAUCUGCUUUGAACUGGGAUAUAUAGCAGUGUGGACUCAGAUAACCCAGUUCAAAGCAGAUAUUGUGGGAUUUUCUGCCUUGAUGUUUUCUGCCUGAGAUAAUAGGGUUGUGUAGAAAGACCCUGAAUAAUCUGCUCUCCUUGGAGAUAAUGUCAGGAAAUGAUGAUGAUUAUGAUGAUGAUGUUUAUACAUGCCCCGCUUUGUCUCUCAACCAGGAGGGAAGAUGGGAUGUCAAAGGCCCCUUCUACCUAGCUGUUUAAAAUCCACAUUAUCUGCUUUGAACUGGAUCAUUGGGCAGUGUAGACAUAGGCCCCUUCAACACACUGAACUGGAUUAUAUGGCUGUGUGGACUUGGGUUCCUUCCAGACAGACUCUAUACCCCAGGAUCUGAUCCCAAGUUUUCUGCUUUAAAUUGGAUUAUAUGAGUCUGCGCUGCCAGAUAAUCUGGGAUAAACAGAAAACCUGGGAUCAGAUCCUGGGAUAUAGGGCCUGUCUGGAAGGGCUCAAAUGCCCCUUCCAUACAGCUGUAUAAAAUCACACUGAACUGGAUUAUAUGGCAGUGUGGACUCAGAUAAUUCAGUUCAAAGUAGAUAUUGUGAGUUAUCUGCCUUGGUAUUCAGGGUUAUAUGGCUGUGUGGAAGGGCCCUACGAUAAUCCAGUUCAAAUCAGAUAAUGUGGAUUUUCUAUUUUAUUAACCUGAAUUAUCUGGCGGUGUAGAAGGGGUCAAAGGCAGCAAAGAAAUACCACAAGAAUACCGAUUAGGCACCUUCUAAACUGCCAUACAGUCCAUAUUAUCAAAAAAGAUAAUCCACAUUAUCUGCUUUGAACUGGAUUAUAUGAGCCCACACUCUGGAGUGUUCUAACUAGAGGUCAGCUGUUACCAACAGUGCCGUGGAAUUUGAAGAGGCACAAAUGGAGGGCAAAAGGAAGAAAUGUGUCAAGAGGAAGGCGCAUCACGCCAAACCUGACCAGAAUUGCCUUCUACAGUAGAGUCUUACUUAUCCAACACUUGCUUAUCCAACAUUCUGGAUUAUCCAACACAUUUUUGUAGUCAAUGUUUUCAAUAUAUCGUGCUAUUUUGGUGCUAAGUUCGUAAAUACAGUAAUUACAACAUAACAUUACUGCGUAUUGAACUACUUUUUCUGUCAAAUUUGUUGUAUAACAUGAUGUUUUGGUGCUUAAUUUGUAAAAUCAUAACCUAGUUUGAUGUUUAAUAAGCUUUUCCUUAAUGUCUCCUUAUUAUCCAACAUAUUCGCUUAUCCAACAUUCUGCCGGCCCGUUUAUGUUGGAUAAGUGAGACUCUACUGUACCUGGAAAUCGAUGCCCUUACUGCGAAAGAACAUGCAGGUCAAGAGUAGCUCUCCACAGUCACCUACGGACCCACCGCCAGAACCUUACACUUGAAAGGCAAUAAUACUCGGACACUAGUGAUCGCUAGGAGCCAAGGUGGCGCAAUGGGUUAAACCCUUGUGCCGGCUGAACUGCUUAAUUGAAAGUUGGGUUGCUGACCUGAAGGCUGGGUCACUGACCUAAAGGUUGCUGGUUUGAAUCCGUGAGACAGGGUUUUAGAGAUUCAUCUCUAGUUUGUGGGGAGAUGAGAGAAACCUCACAGUAACACAUCCAGGCGUCCCUUGGGCAAUUUCUCUGUAGAAAGCCAAUUCUCUCACACCAGAAGCAACUUGCAGUAUGUUCUCAAAUCGCUUCUGACACGAUUAAAUAAAAACUAGUGUUUGCUGCUGCUGCUGAUCUGCUUUGAACUGAAUUAUAUGGCAGUGUAGACUCAUAUAGUCCAGUUCAAAGCAGAAAAUGCGGAUUAUCUGCUUUGAUAAUCUAGAUUACAUGACAGUGUAGAAGGCGCCUUAAUUGAUUAUGCUGUACUUCCAGACAGCAAGGAUUAUUGACUGUGGCUUUCUAGUGUAUUAUUUCUGGAUUAUAAAUCCCAGAAUCCCUUCCGUUGUCUCCCCACCAUGGUCUACAACUGCCCCAUAUCCCUGAAAAAAAUUGAAACUCACUUUUUUUUAAUAUAACAUUUGUCAUGUUUUAGGCCUUCUUGAUCAUUUUGGGUUUCGGAGGGCCCAAAAGGCUUUUUCUAACUUUUUUCAGGUUAGAGGGAAAAAAACGAACAACCAGCAGAACUAUGCCAAAUUGGCUCAAUACUACUUUGGAGAUAUUGAGGAACAAACCUUUUUUUCAAAAAAUAACCAUAAGGACUACACCUUAAUCAUCCCUGAGCUGCACAGUCAUUAAGCCUCAUUUAAUUAACUCAGUCUUCUGAACAGACAUGUACAGUUGACUUUUCACAUCCAUGGAUUAUGUCUGAACAGAUUCAACUUUCCACAGUUUGAAAACAGUUUCUGAAAACUCAAACAAGCUAUUUUGCCAUUUUAUAUAAGGGAGAUUGUUUUACUGUGCCAUUGUACGUGUAUAUAGGCAGUCUCCCAAGUUAUGAACAAGUGCAGCUGUAUCAGUGCCAUUAUGCCCAGCCCGCGAAGUAGCCCAAAGAGUAGUCAUGAGAGACGGGCUCAUGGCAACAAGCUGGAAUUCAUAUCGCUGACAAGUAUGAGGAACCCAGGCCCUCCAGAAAGUCCAUCUCGUCGCAGGGAAGGCACAGCCAGCACGGGGCCUCCACAGGCCCUGCCUGAAGAAGAUUGCAUGAAACUGAACCCAUCUUUUGUGGAUAUUGCCCUGCGCUCUUUGUUGGCCAUUGAUCUUUGGGCCUCUAAAAAGCUUGGGGUGUGUGCUGGAGAGAGUUCUUCUUGGGGCAGUGUCCGUCCUCUCAUGAUAGUCGUAGAGAUCUCCGGACAUGGCAUUCCUUGGCUAGCUGGCACACUCUAUGGGCUUUGUAGAAGUGGGAGCUCAGCAGGCCGUGAGGUGCUGCUCAACUUGCUUUUUGCGCUGGUGCUCGAUCUAAUUUUGGUGGCGGCAGCAAAAGGACUGGUAAAACGAAGGCGUCCGGCCCACAACAAGAUGGACAUGUUUGCCACUAUCUCCGUGGAUAAAUACUCAUUCCCAUCAGGCCAUGCUACCAGAGCUGCUUUAGUUUGCAGAUUUAUUCUACACCAUCUUGUGCUAGCCCUCCCUCUGCGUGUGCUGGUUGUGCUUUGGGUUUUCAUAGUGGGAAUCUCCCGGGUCAUGCUGGGAAGACACAAUGUGACAGAUGUUAUCUUUGGGCUACUAAUGGGCUACAUGCAGUACAGCAUGGUGGAGUAUUUCUGGCUGUCUCCAGUCACUGCCCCUAUUCUCUUUAUGUUGUGGAGUUGAUAGUCCCUAAUGAACAAGUAUACUAUCUCCACAACAAACCAUUAAAAUCGUUAAGCUUCAUCUAAUCAGCAAUAUGAAUGGUUGGAACUAGCAAAAUUCAUCUUGAGAGGAUAUAUGGGCUGCUUUGGUUCAUACUAACUCAUCUUGCUUUAUAAACAUGUUGUUGGGAUGGAGCAUGAGCCAACAUGUAAAAUUGCACAAAUCAUUGUAUAGUAAAACUGUGUUACUUUUGAGAUGACAUUCUACUACAGCUCUGGAGUCAACUAGUCAGCCAUUUAUUAAGGUUUGUGAUUAGCUGCAAUACAGUAAAUAAUAAAAUCAUGGUCUGCCUGUAGCACUGCCAGUACAUCAUAUUUGGUAGGUAUGUUUUUUAUACUGUGAUUGUUUAAUAGAUGUUUUGUCAGAUUGAUUCUGUAAACUGUAUAUAUUGCAGUUGAUGCUUGUGACUUACUUUUGAACUUGUAUUUAUGGCAUGUUUUAUGGGAAUUGAUUCGUUUACAGAUUUGACAGGCUUUCAUUUUCAGACCUGAAUACUUUGUUUCACAGAUCAUUCUUUCAUAGCAGUUUCACUUAACUGCUUUCUUCAUUCUUUUUCUCAUGCAAUUGCCUCCUAACAAGAGUAUAAAGAAAUAUAAAUGAUGCAAGCAUCAUAUCAAAGAGUCAAAAAAUGCUGAAAAAUAAAUAUUUUGGCAGCUUCAGUGAAGGAAGUGGCUCACUUUGCAGUCAGUUCACACCUGAGUUUCGUAAGAUUUAUUGUAGUUGGAAGAUGUCUGAUUAUUUCAGCAUUUAUUUGACAUUUUUGUCAAUGGAAAGGGAGUUAAAGUAAUCUUAGAAUAUGUAUUACUACAAGAGUACUCUUAAUGUUCCUACAGCUUGGAUUUUAGGUGCAAUUAAUGAAGGUCUACACAAAUUUGAGAUACAGCUCCUUAAAUUGCAUAUAGAUUUUUGCCUCUUUUCAUCUAGUAAUAUCAUUACCAUGAUUUAUUAUUGUAUUAUUAUCAUUUAGAUCCCACAGUGCUUGCUUGCAGUCUGAGCUAGUUCCCAUGUGUCAAAAGAUAUUAAAUUGAAGGAACACUAUGAAAACUCAUUUUGCUCUCAACAUGGGCAGUACAUGUUUCAAAGAUGCAGGGGCUGUAGCAUGUCAGGAUUAUGCUGUCCUGUAUAGAUCCGCUACCAUACCACUUUCCCAGCAGAAUUGCUCUCAUUGCUGAGAUCUGCUGGAUGAUGAACUGAAAAUGGGGACCAAAAAGGGGUAAAGUGAGGGAGGAGCCAAGUUAUACCAGAUUCAGUUUUUCCUUCAGCCCAAGGACAGUGCUUGUGUGUAGCACUGGUGCAAAUGAACACCACAUCAGAUUUGUAAAUUUGAACAACUUGUGACAUGGAAAGUCACAAUUUUAGCUGGCUAGUGGAGGCUGAGCUGGCACUUGGCCAUCUUUUUAAAAUUUGUUUUUUUUUUAAUUUCUAAAAGUUCAUUGUGCCUUGUAAGUGCAAUGGAAACUUGUAUUAAACACAAGACUUUAUGCGAAUUUGCAUUUCUGUGCCAAUUCCAUUUCCAUAAAAGGGUAGCUCUUAGAAUCCAGGUGGUUGGAUUGUGUCUCAAAACCAGGUUGUCUUUUUUUUAUACUGAAGUGCCUUUAUACUGUUCCAUUUCCAUGAAAGCAAUGAAAAUAGGUGCUAGGAAAACUGCUAAAAUUGUUCUCCAUAGGUAUAAAACUGCUUGAACAACAGCAGAUGGCAAGGGAUAGAUCAUUUCCAGAAUGGCUGAAGAAUGUUGAUUUUCAGAAGCAAUAAUCAGAAGUGUGAGCAUUUUGCUCUCAAAUAAAAAUGCUCCAAAGCUGUAGAAUAUAAACCAGAAAAUGAGGAAUUAAUAAUACUGUAGUGUCUGCCUUCUAUGAUGAACUAAACAUAUGUGCAAUAUAUUUACAGAACCAAAAACAGUCCUGUCAAAAAUACUUAUCUCCACAAUGGCUUAAAAUACUGAAAUUAUUUCAUAUGACUCCUAAUUCUCCAGCUAUAGUUCAAACUCUUUACGUAGCUCAAACAAACUCUGUGAAGCUUUAGCAAAGUAAUCUCCACUUAAAAUAUUAAGCAACUGACUAUUCCAGCUGAUGUUAAAAGCUUACUCAUGCUUUACCUUGCAAUCCUAGAUCAAUUGGGUUGUUUAAAAUCUAGGGGAUCCUACUCAGAACCGGGCCACUGUUGAAGUUGACUGAAGUUUCAGAUUAUUUUAUCCUUCCCAGUUUGAGAGAGCUGAUCUUUGUAACCAGAAUCAUGACUCUUCUGCUAUAGUCAGGCAGAAAAGCAGCUUCCAGUUGGUGUCCAGAUCACAACUUCUUUCUUUUUAUUCAUAUAUUUUUCUUCUCUCUUCUGUUAGAAUAAUAGAAUUAGAAGAGACCACAGAGGCCAUCCAGUUCAAUCCCCUUUAUGGUGACCCUAUUGAAAUUGGUUUUGUUUUGUUCAGAAGAAGUUUGUCAUAGCCUUCUUGUGAAUAUAUCCAACAGCCCUAGGCUUUCCUUGGCAGCCUCUCCUUCUGAGUACUAACCAAGCCUGAUCCUGCUCUGCUUCUCAGAUUCUCUGUUUUGCUGUUCAUACAUGCUCAGUAAACUUCUGUUUACUUUGUUGUCGAGAGGCAGACAUGGCUAAUUUUGAAUUGGUUGAAAUAGAAUACAGUUGUCCUUCCACAUGUACAGUUUUUAUUAAAAAUAUUCUCUCUGGGAAUCUUUGUCUUCCAGUAUGACUCUAUCGUCAACUUCCUCCAGUCAUGCUGGAGGACCUAGAGAUUUUCUGAGAGAACAUCUCUGUAGGAAUUUCUAGGUCCUCCAAUACAAUUUUGCAUCCAGCUUCUGGCAGAAAUUGACCUUAGAAUUGUUCUGGAUGACCUAAGCAUUACUAGAAAGAUAUUCUCAGGUAAAAAAUUGCAAUUUUUCCAAUUAUAGUUUUUUACUUGCAUAAGAACUAUGUGCCCCUAACCCAGUGGUUCUCAAUCUGGGUCCCCAGAUUUUUUGGCCUUCAACUCCCAGAAAUCCUAACAGCUGUAAACUGUCUGUUGUAGGCCAAAACACUUGGGGACCUACAAGUGGAGAACCACUACCCAAGCGAACGUGGAGGUCUAUUGGGUACUGCUCUGUCCUUGCUCAAACUUUGUUGCAGAUAUAUUUCUGCAACUAACACUAUAUUCCUAAUCACAUUGCUGCUAAAAUAAUUUUAGUUAGAUAGUGGACCAGAUGGAAAAUCAAAAGAAGCUUCUCUCAGAGGGUUUGUUGUUUGAGGAAUGCCUCUCCCGGAGCUGACUCUUCAAUUCACUGAUAGGAAGGGAAAAGCAGAGAAUUUACUCUUUACAGCAAAAAAGGGAAGCAGGGAGUCUUUGCUUGAUGGCCAGACCUCUCUGAGCUCGCUCAACAGCUCAUUCCCAGGAGCUGAGCCAAAGCCAGAUCUUUAAAUCAGCAGCAGGUAAGAAAAUGAUGCAAAUGCAUAGGGCUGCUAUUCUCUACUCCCCCAUUUUUAGAAGCAAAUAAUAUCCUUGUAGAUUAAAUUAUAAAUCAGCAAAAGGCUUAACUUGCUGCUCAAGAUUCCAUACACGUAAAGUAUUCAUAACCAACUCUUACUAAGAUUGUGUCAACACCCGGCAGGUUAAGGAGCAGAGCAAUGAUAGAUGUAAUAUGCCAUGAUGAUUCAUUGUCACAGUAAACUUUGUGUGCAGAAGAUGCAGAAACAUUGGGCUACUAUAAAUCAGGUUACAGCCUGCAUUUCCCUUGCAUGGUCCCAUCACAGGACAUACAAUGCAGAGGAUAUGUCAUCUUCACCUCAUCAAACUUUCAAAAAUUGUUUACAUUGGAAGUAGGUGAUGGCAAUUGUGACUUUCCUUGAUCCUUUAUAAAAUUUUAUAGCACUUCAGACUGUCCUUUAAAAUUGUGAAAAUGACUCCAUGAAGCAUGAUUGUGAUAAAUGCGGAUUGGAUUCAGAUGAGUAACCUGUCAUAUUCAGCAGUAGCAAUGAGUAAUGCGAUCGUUGUUUCUGAAAUUUUUUGUUAAUACUGAUCAGGAGUGCAAUAGAAAGAUGUCAUAUAAUGUAGAGAUUUAGUAUACUAUUGCAUUGCUAGGGAAAGGGAGAGACAUUUUGAGGGGGUUUUUUUGUCUAUAGGGCUAAAAUAUUUUGUUCUAUGGACAGAACAUCCAGUUUUUUUCCUGCCUUGAACUUGUAGGAUUGCAUCCUUGCAUAUGUACUUAAAGGUGGGGCUUCAAAGAAACUGAUAACUUGGAGAUUCAUCUAAUGAAGCAGAUGUGAAAUUUAGGUGCCCCCUAAACAUUUUCAGCACACGUUUUUCCUCAAGGAAUGUACUAAAUGCUUUGGAAAGCCCAACAGACAGGUGUGCUCGUGUCUCCAGAGUUGCUAAUCCCCAUAAAAUGAAUUCUGGCAUUAAAAAUGCAAUGUAUUGCCUAAGGUUACUUUCCCUUAUUUGCUGUAAGGGAAAGUAACCUUAAUUCUCCAAUAUUUUAAUAUUGGUUAUGGCUAAUAAAGUUACGGAAGAUUUUUUCUUGGAAGAUCUGCCUUCCAUGUUGUACUGUAACUUCAUUCAGCUGUAAAUCCAAUGAGUGACAGAAAGGCAAUGGAAAAUGUCUUCUGAACAAAUACAGCCAAGAAAAGCCCAUGAUAGGAUCGCUUUAGAUUGGAAACUACUUGUAGGCACACGAAGACAACAGCUAUACCUGUUGGUCUUGCCAAUGCCAAAUGAUUGAGAAUGCUGUCAAGUGCUAGUUUUCUUGGCGAUCACAUUUGUAAAAAGGCAUGUCCAACUGGCCCAUACUAGCUUGUUUGCUUGCUUGUUUCUUUCAUAACUACAUCUUUUAUGUUCUACAGAUGUUCCUACCCCAUCCCUAGCUGUUCCCAUCUCUGAUUAUUAUCCUUAGGAAGAUCUUUAUGGAUAAAUUCCGUUUGAAUUUAGUGCUGUUGUUUCCUGAAGGCCAGCGUGGUUUUUCUUUUUACUGUAAAUAAUAAUAUUAAUAUUAAUAAUAAUGAUAACUUUAUUUUUUAAUCUCGUCACCAUCUCCUUGAAGGGAUUUGAGGUGGCUUACAUGGGGACAAGCCCGGUCAGACAUAGUUAAAAUAUAGCACAGUAAAAUUUAGAAAAACAACAUCAUAGAACAUCAUAAAACAACAAUUUUAACAAACAAUAGCCUGACCUAGUAAUCAAUAUUAAAUUAGGGCGGGUAGGGUCUGGUGCAAUACAGUUGCAAGGACAGGACUGAUGGAUAAAAUGCAGUAGUCAGAUGAUAAGUUAGGAGUAGGGCAUUAUCAAUUAGAACACUAUAACUAUAGGGCAGAGAACAGUGGAAAAGUGCAAGAGCAAGACAUUGAGUUAUGGCUGGGGGGCCAAAAUUAUCUCGUGAACUGUUUAAUCAAAGGCACAGUGGAACAUCCACAUUUUUAGGUUUUUACGAAAAGUGGACAAGGUGGGCGUCAGUCUAAUCUCCCUAGGAGAGAGUUCCAGGGCCAGAUACUUAUUAGUGAGCCUUAUUAAUAAUGUGUUGGCAUACAGCUUUUCUCAUAACAGUUCAGCAUACAGACCCUAUAUAUUUAAUGCUAAACUGUUGUUUUCAAGUACAUUCCAAACAUCCCUGUCAGUUUACUCAAUUAUACAACUGCACUGUACAUUGUGUAUUGUGUGUUUUAUAUAUUUGGUGGUGGGGGGGGGCAGAAUUUAUAUCUUAUAAUCAAUGUAUAUGGCUUAGUCAUGGGCAGCUGGAUUAGUAUAUUCUUAUUGGCUGACUGGCCUUUUUAGUCCACUUUUUUCAGUACGGCUUGUUCUGACAAAAUUGUCUGAGAAUCUGACCACUCGGACAUAGCUUUAAAUAUGUAGCAGACAAUUUCUUGAAUUUUCUUUCAUUUGGACUACUAGCAAUAGGGCAUUCUUUUCAUUUAGUAAUGACAUUUUUCCUGUACUGUAUCAACUGUUUUGGAAUGCUGUAUCUCAUUUUAAUAUUAAAGGGUUAAAUAUUUA